UGAUUUUUUUUUUUCUCGAAAGAGAGUGGUGGGUUUUUUCUUCAACUGUCCAGUCAAUUCCUUUUUUUCUCUUGUCCUUGGCUUUUUCCCUUUUUCUAUUUUUUUUCCCUGCCUUGUUUCUUCGUUUGGUUUCUUUCACGUAGACACUACCGUUGAAAACCAAUAUAAACUUUUCUUCUCAUUUAUCAUGCCUAUUCCAGCUACCAUUGCUCCACUGCCUUUGACUGCUCCCGUCGAAGUCAAGCCGGUGGCUGUGAAAGGCGCCAUCACCGAAUGGUCUACUUCAUCCCUCCAAACCUUGCCGACAACAGACCGAACGAGACCUAAACGCAAAAUUCCUUCCUUGAUAUCCAGAACUGAAAACGACGUAUGGGUCGACAUUUCAGACCGUCGAUUGCCUAAUGAUCGAUUGGGAGGUCUGUACAGUGGAUCGCAGUUUGAAGGCGUACAAACUUGUGGGAAAAACAGCUACCAAGUCAAAGUCAACAUUCAGCAUGUGAAUCUCAAAGAGAGUGUUCUGAGCGGUUAUUUGAAUAUCGUGGGACUCACGGAGGACUAUCCCGAUCUUACCACCUUUUUUGAAGGUGAAAUUAUCGGUCCAAAAUAUUCGUUUCUGACUCGCAAGUGGCAGGCCAACCAUGCAGUCGAUGUGUCUCAUUGGCAAAAAUUCCCAUCGUUUCAACCUUUUAUGAAUGCUUUCAAUCAAGAUGGAUUUACAUAUGAUCCGUCGGAUCAAGACUUUAUUUAUAUGCGCUGGAAGGAACGAUUUCUGGUGCCUGAUCAUCGUGUAGACAAUAUUGACGGAGCCAGCUUUGCCGGAUUCUACUACAUCUGCUAUCAACGAUCCACCAACACCAUCAAUGGCUUUUAUUACUUUCGCAAUCAUACUGACUGGUAUCAGAAGCUUUGCUUGGAACAUGUGGAACAGCGCUCGUUUGCCCACUUUGAGUUCCGUUAAAAAAGCGUUGGCAUCGCUCAACCAUGGAUUUCUUUUGUACAUACUCUAAUUCGACAUCUUCUCUCUCUCUUAUUCCUUUUGUCGCUUUCCUUUUGUGAACUUCCCUUACUGUUUUCAUUUGACUCU